AGUGCCUUCCUCUCGGCUUGUCUGGGUCGUUUCGUCUGCCCGUUGCUGGCCCAUCUCUCUCUCUCUCUCAGCAGCUGUCUCUCUCGCACCCGCUGGCCAGUCUCUCUUCCCCGCAGUCGCCUCCUUCUCCGCCUGCCUGGGUGGCCGCCAUGGGCCGGAAGCGGCUCAUCACUGACUCCUACCCUGUUGUGAAGACGAGGGAGGGGCCCGCUGGGCACAGCAAGGGGAAGCUGGCACCAGAGCUAGGGGAGGAGCCCCAGCCCCCCAACGAGGAUGAAGCGGAGCUGGAGCUGCUGAGGCAGUUUGAUCUGGCCUGGCAGUACGGGCCCUGCACAGGGAUCACACGGUUGCAGCGCUGGUAUCGAGCAGAACAAAUGGGCUUGGAGCCUCCCCCAGAAGUGCAUCAGGUGCUGAAGACCCACCCUGGAGACCCCCGCUUCCAGUACAGCCUCUGGCAUCUCUAUCCCCUAUGAGGCACUGCCUAGGACCUCCUGCCCUUGGCACUCCUGCUAGCCACCCGAGAACCUCAGGACAGAAGCAAGGGCCAGUUGCUGCUGCUCAGCUCUGCUGUGGAGGAACAUUUGACAGGCUGAAUCUGUAUGUCUCAGCAGUUCAGUUCUUCCGUCUAACCAACAGGCUCUUGGAGCCCCCUCUGAGAGCCCAUGCAGCUGAAGCUGAGCACCUCCUAGAUGGAGAGUGGUCUGUGGGGACAAGGACCUGGCCAUGACCCUUCUGACACCUGCCACAUGCCUCCCUGACCUGUGGUGUGGCAAAUUAGAUAUAGCUGUGGGCAGAGCCAGAAGCAGGCAGAUGAUCUGAGAGGCAAAGAUGAACUCCCCACCCAAGACUGGGAAUCUGUGGGCAGAACUGGCUGAGCACAAAGGGCAAGGAGUUCACUGAUGCUUAUCAAUAAAGAACUUUGAGCCUGGAA